CUAGGACCGCAGCGACGGCCCGAGUCCGGGAUACUGCGAGCGGGCGCGGGCGGCACGCGCGGGCGUCCCCCUCCCCCGGCCCCCCGCCGAGUUCCCGGAUGGUCUGCGCCGGCAGCGCGGGAGGCUUGAAGCGCCCGGCGAGGCGCGCCCCGCUCCGGCCGCUGCUCGUCAGCGCGGCGCCAUGGACGCGCAGCGGGCCGAGGUCCGCGCCUUGGAGGCUGAGAUCGCUGCCCUGCGGCGGGCGUGCGAGGAACCGCGGGCGGCGGGGGAAGACACUUGGCGAGCGCAAAAAUCACUUCGAGAAAUGUAUCAAUCAGAUUCUGAAGGAGGGGCCUCUUCAAAAGAUCUGAGAAGUCAUCUUGGACAUUUAGAAUCAGAACUUCUUUUUCUAAGCACACUUACUGGCAUCAGUGUAAGAAAUUACUCCAUGAAGACAGAGGACCUUACAAACACUGAGAAGAAAGAAAAGAGUAUAAUGAAAGUUCUCCAGAGACACAGAUUAUCAGGAAAUUGCCACAUGAUUACAUUUCAACUUGAAUUUCAGAUUCUGGAAAUCCAGAAUAAGGAGAGUUUAUCUUCUGUUAUUACUGACCUCAACAUAAUAAUGGAGCCCACUGAAUAUUCAGAAUUAAGUGAAUUUGUGUCUAGAGCAGAAGAAAGAAGAGAUCUGUUGAUGUUUUUCCGAAGCCUACACUUUUUUGUGGAGUGGUGUGAAUAUCGAAAGCGCACAUUUGAACACUUCAAGGAAUUAGCAAAACACGGCAGAGACGCAGUGAGCAAACACUGUUGGAAAAGUGGCACCGACAGACUCGCUCCACACAGGGUUGGCGCAGACCUUCAGUUUGCAGAAACACGGUCUCUGCAAAGCACAGUGACAUGCGACUUGCCUGUGCUCCUGAGCGAUGUGCUUGUUAGUAAGAUAUUUCCUAGAGCGAUUUAUUAACUACUUAGUGAGAUAUGACUUUUACCCAUAAGGGUCUGUGUUGAAUUACUCUUCAUUCAGCAGCCCAUUGCUGUGUAUCCUUUUAUAACGUGACUUCAAGAUGUAAUGCAAGUGUAAAAUUCAGAAUAUUCAGACACUCCUUUUGUGAAGUGUUGAUCGGCUCUGGCAGAUCUUUACUAUGCCAGUUGGUCAACAGCUUAUCAGCUGGAAUUACAUAGCUUCAAAUUAUAAGGGUUUUUUGUUGUUUUUAAAGCGCCCUGUUUUGGGCGCCUGGGUGGCUCAGUCGUUAGGCGUCUGCCUUUGGCUCAGGUCAGGAUCCCAGGGUCCUGGGAUCGAGCCCCACAUCGGGCUCCCUGCUCAGCGGGAAGCCUGCUUCUCCCUCUCCCACUCCCCCUGCUUGUGUUCCCUCUCUUGCUGUGUCUCUCUCUGUCAAAUAAAAAAAUAAAAUCUUGAAAAAAUAAAAAAAUGAAGUGAGUCCUGUUUUGAAAAGUCCCCUAAUAAUCCCUUAACUUCCGAGGAACUCUGAUGUGCCUUUAGAAUAAUGUCUCUUACAGUUUAAAAAGAACUGCUUGAGGGGCGCCUGGGUGGCUCAGUUGGUUAAGCGACUGCCUUCGGCUCAGGUCAUGAUCCUGGAGUCCCGGGAUCGAGUCCCGCAUCGGGCUCCCUGCUCGGCAGGGAGUCUGCUUCUCCCUCUGACCCUCCUCCCUCUCAUGCUCUCUGUCUCUCAUUCUCUCUCUCUCAAAAAAAAAGAACUGCUUGAGUGUAAACA